AGUAAAUGAGUUAAGAAAAGAGGUCGAAAGAUUGGAAAAUUAAAUAGAUAAUUUGAAAUAAGAAGUUGAAUUUUUAAGAGAUGAAAAUGAUGAGUUAAAAAUAGAACUUACUUCUUAAGCUAACAAAUUCGGGCCUUUAUAAUAAUUAUAAUAAAUGGAUCAUAAAACCUAUUUAAAAACAUUAGGUGAAAUCACUAUGAAUUCACAUAAAUUAAAGAUUUAAGGACUAGAUGAACUUUUAGAAAAUAAUUAAGAUGAAAAAAAUUAAGUUUAUGUAAAAAAUCUUUAAUAAGAAAUAGAAUAGUUAAAAAGAGAUAAAGGAGAAAUUGCUGUGCAUUUAGAAAAAAUUUAAACCAUGCUUAAAAUUUAAAUGGAUAUUACUCAAGAAAAAGAAAGUAUACAUAAAGCUGAAAAGGAAGCUUUUGAAUUAAAAUACAAUGCACUCCUUAGUUAAGCUUAAGAGUUAGCUUAAAUCUCUGAUAUGAAAGAAAAUGGUUGUAAUUACUUUGACUUUUGGAUAGGAUUAUGCUAAAUAUACUAAGGAAAUCUAUUUGCCAUUACAAAUGGUAAAAUAUCAGAAAAUGAGGAAAUUUUAGUCUUUUCAACGGUAGAUUUUUAUGAUCAUGAUAUUUAAACAACUCCAAUAAGCUAGGCCAAAAACCAAACAUAUUUUAACUUUUAAUGCUCUUAUAAAAUAACAACUAAAGACGAUUUCUUAUUGUAUUUAAGUACUGGGUCGAUAAAAAUAGAACUAUAUGCCGCAGUUGGAAAAGAUGCUUUAUUAUUAGGCUCAGUAGAAGUUCCUCUUCUAUAUUUAUUUUAGAAUAACCGAUAAGAAUGUAUUUCAGCGGUUUUAAACUAAAAAUGUUAACUUAAUUUUGCUGAAACAAUAAUAGGAUAAAUAGAAAUCAAAGCCAGAUUAAGGUAUCCAAUUUCAAACUAAAUAAAAUUAUUCGUUUAGAAAAACUCUACAUAAGAUAAAGAAUUAGAAGAGCAAAAAGAUUUGGCUUUGGAAGAAUAUGAAGACAACAAAGAUCAAAGUACUAAAAGAAAGUUAGUAGUAAUAAUAGAUAAAGCUUAAGGCUUCAAUGAAAAAUCAUCCACCUUUAUAUAUUAUUAAAUUUAAAAUAAAGACUAUUAUACAAAAUCAGUUCCUGGGUCUUAACCUAAAUAUGAUCAUCAUUAAAUACAUGAUAUUUGCCAUUUAGAUAAAUUUAAAAACAUCUUAAAUAAAGUUCCUUUAGAAUUUGUAGUCUUUGAUGAUUUUGCUCCUUUAACAAACGAAUACGAAUAACAUGAUAUCGUAGGAAUAGCUAGUACUAAAUUGGAUGGAUUAAAUUCUAAUUUAAUUAUUGAUACUGUCCUUACUAUUUAUAAUGAUAAAAAAAUUAAAGUAGGGCUUCUCUACAUUAAAGUUUUUUGGUAUGAAUAUUAAGAUUAAAUUUAAAUUAGUUCCAAAUUUGGAUAAGGCCUGUUAGCCAAGCAAUGGGAAAAAGACUUUACCCUUAAACUUGCUAAAACUUUAAAAAAUAGGUAGCUUAAUACAAAUAAUGGAUUCAUGAUAUUCGAUAGAAAUAAUGAUAAAAUUAUUUCAAAAGAAGAAUUCUUAAAUACUUGUCUUGGAACUUUAAAUAUGGUCGAAUUUAAUAGAGAUGAAGUUUUAUAUUAUUACAGUAAAUAAAAGUAACCUUUUGAUAAAAUUGCUUUUGAAUAAUUAUUACGUCCUUAUAUGUUAGAUGAUAUAAGCAAAUUAAAAUAUUUAGAAGAAAUUUCUAUUUUACAAAAAGCAGCUUAAAAUAAUGAAGAAGAAAAUAAAGAAUAAUAUGCAGCGUAAGAAAGGUUAAAGAAUAAUGAAAAUUAAUAAUAAGAAAGAAUGAAUUAAAUGCAGUCUAUUAAAGAAUUAAAUAACAUUUUGAAUGAUAAUACUAAAUAAAUGACUACGUAAAAAGAUGAAGUUUUAAGAGAAAUGAUCGGAAUUAUGAUAGUUUCUGAAAUGAAGAAAAAAGCGCGCUCGAAGUUUUUGCAGAAAUUGAUAAAAAUAAAGAUGAAGAAAUCGAUACAAAAGAAUUAACCAAAUAUUUAUUAAAAUAAAAUAUUUCAGCUUCCCAAGAAGAAAUUUUCCGCUUUUUGUCAACAAUAGAUGCAAAUAAAAAUAAUAAAGUAGAUAUUUUGGAAUUUAUUAAUUAUGUUUCUAGAGAAAAUAUGACUAAAAUACUUUAUAUGUAAAAAUACCCGAAAAAAGAAAGCAUAUCUUAACCAUAUUCAGACGAAUAAAUUAUUUAUGAAAUCGAAGAAAAAAUUUUCUAUUAUAUGAAAUAGAAAAAAAUAAAAAUUCUCAAAUUACAUGAAAAUAUGGACUUAAAGAAAAAAAAUUCUAUUGGAAAAAAAGAAUUCAAAGACUUCUUUAUUUAAGAGAUUGGUAUUGAACUUACUUCUAGAGACUUAAAUGUUGUUUUUAAUAAAUUUGAUUAAGAUGGCGAUGGUGUGAUUUCAGUUAAAGAAUUUGUAGAACAUUUAAAAAAUGCUAUCAAUAAAAGAAAAUCAUUAAGAGACUUAAGGUCUUCUGUAAUGAGCAAUAUUUCACCUGAUAUGAGUAUUGCUAAGUUUGAUUAAACUACUGAAUCAUUUUAUGUAGGGGAUAAUGCAAGCAAUACUAGAAAAUAAUCUAAAGCUAUUAGAUUUAAUAUUUGAUUAUUUUUUAAUAUAAGAAAAAAAUUAAUUUUUUUAUUUCAUAAAUAUUGUUAUUAUAUUGAUAAAUAUUUUUAUUAUUUUUAAUUAUUACCUAAAAUAUAUUAAA